GCAUGCGCAAAAAAUCAACAGCACACCACAUUCCCCGCUUCUCUUCGCAGCUUCCUUCCCGCAGUCAAACAUCCAGGAGCAAGCAGACUGAUUUAUGCUUCCUACACGAUCGUCUGAAUAGAUGUGUGUGUAUUUCUCUUACCAGUCUUCACGAGGAGUAACAUUCUGACGGUGGAGCUGCAUCAAAUUCCUGAUCGUGCACAGCAGUAGAUGCUAAUUUCCUCACCAUGGCAACAGAAGAUAAGAAACCAGACACUGAUACAAAACCCCCAGUUGUACCAUCAGCUUCUGCCAGUCAAAGCAAGUCUGCACCUGCCAAGCCAAACUACAGUCUAAAAUUCACAUUAGCCGGCCACACCAAAGCUGUCUCCUCUGUCAAAUUCAGUCCCAGUGGAGAGUGGCUCGCCAGCUCCUCUGCUGAUAAACUCAUCAAAAUCUGGGGAGCGUAUGACGGCAAGUUUGAGAAAACCAUAUCUGGACAUAAACUUGGCAUAUCUGAUGUGGCCUGGUCCUCUGACUCCAACCUCCUGGUGUCUGCAUCAGAUGACAAAACCCUGAAGAUCUGGGACGUCAGCUCAGGAAAAUGCCUAAAAACUCUGAAAGGUCACAGUAACUACGUCUUCUGCUGCAACUUCAACCCCCAGUCCAAUCUUAUCGUGUCAGGAUCGUUUGAUGAGAGUGUAAGAAUAUGGGACGUGAAGACUGGGAAAUGUUUGAAAACACUGCCGGCUCAUUCUGAUCCUGUCUCUGCUGUCCAUUUCAACAGAGACGGCUCCCUGAUUGUGUCGAGUAGUUAUGAUGGCCUUUGCCGAAUCUGGGACACAGCAUCGGGGCAGUGUUUAAAGACACUCAUUGACGAUGAUAACCCUCCUGUGUCAUUUGUGAAGUUUUCUCCCAAUGGGAAAUACAUCCUGGCUGCUACACUGGACAACACGCUGAAGCUGUGGGACUACAGCAAAGGAAAGUGCUUGAAAACGUACACGGGCCAUAAAAACGAGAAGUACUGCAUAUUUGCUAAUUUCUCUGUCACUGGUGGAAAGUGGAUCGUGUCGGGCUCAGAGGACAACAUGGUUUAUAUUUGGAACCUGCAGACAAAGGAGAUUGUGCAGAAACUCCAGGGCCACACAGAUGUUGUUAUUUCGACCGCCUGCCACCCAACAGAGAACAUCAUAGCAUCUGCGGCUUUAGAAAAUGACAAAACCAUCAAGCUAUGGAAAAGCGACUGCUAAGCCCUCUUGGAUCUUUUGGGCCAUUCAUAUUUUUCUUUUUUCUUUUUUUUCUACAUUUUGUUGUAAGAAAAGAGGACUUUUUUUUUCUAACAGAGAACUCCCGCUGGAUGCAGACGGCUUUCAGGUAAUGAAAUUCAGCAAGGAGAGCCAAACGAUGAGACACAUCAGACCACACACCGUGUCAGCCGAGACAGUUCUGCAGUGGACACACCCCGUCGCAUUUGAGAUAUUUCACCUGUCUUUUCACAUGUGCCAGAUUUUGUUGUCUUGUAAGGGAAAUUAUACUUUACAACAACACUCUGGUGCUUCAGUAUUUUUUAACACUGCAUUAAUUGAUGUCACUGCUUCAUACCAGCUCAUUUCUGGUCUUAUACAAUAAAUGUAACAGUCAUUUGGCCUUUUUGUAUGAUUUCUUUAGUCUUCUUAAUUUGUCUGUGUAACUGUGUAGUACUGUCUAAAAUACUUAAACGUAGGAAGGUGACUUUGACAUCAAGCUUUAAGUUUAAAUUUGGUACCUAAGGCCCUUUUGUCUUUUAUUUAUUCAAGUGGUACCACUAUUACUAUUCUUUUUUUCACUUAAUGUCAAAUGUCAGAUCUUAAGUAAGCGCUGUGUGCCAUGCCAAGACUUAUUUCCCAGUUUUUUAAGUUCUGUGCUGAUUAUUAGGGAAGUACAUGAACAAAGUCAAAAUGCCUCAAGAAAAUGUGAUGUCACAUACAGUAAUACAAUUACAACAAAUAUCUAAAGGAUAUUUGUAGGAUUUUUUUUUACAACCACACUGGAGCAUUGAUUUGAGAUCCUUACUCCUAAUUUUAACGUUUUACAGUUCACCACGGUGACCAAAUGCAGUUAUUUUGUGUUGUAGGAUUUGUACAUAUUACACUGUCAUGUAUUGUGAUUUGAUUUUUUUGGUGUCUUUGUUGUUUUGUUUUUUUUCUAUAAUUCCUUCUUCUUUUUGAUUAGCUCAUAGUUCUGCACACAAAGCCGACAGCCUCUGUUCUCAGUAGUUAACCUGGAUUUUUGUGGAACAUGUUCGCAUUCGACAGCUAUAACCUGCAACUUAAUAAAACCAAUUUUUGUAUGUUUCA